UGGCCGUUGGCGGCGCGUGACGGGGGCGUGGCCUGGCUGUCUGGGGCUGGGGGCGCGCAGACUCGGCUGCCGCGGCGUGGCCCGGGGUCCCGGGUCGGCGGCGGUAUGGGGCGGUUGCGCUGGCAGGUGGCGGCCGCGGCGGCUGUGGGCCUGGCUCUGGCUCUGGAGGCGCUGCCCUGGGUGCUGCGCUGGCUGCGGUCCAGGCGGCGGCGGCCGCGGCGCGAGGUGCUGUUCUUCCCAUCUCAGGUGACCUGUACCGAGGCCCUGCUGCGGGCCCCGGGCGCGGCGCUGGUCGGGCUCCCCGAGGGCUGCCCUUGCGGCCUGCCCCACGGCGAGAGCGCGCUAAGCCGCCUGCUGCGUGCCCUGCUGUCCGCCCGCGCCAGCCUGGAGCUCUGCCUGUUCGCCUUCUCCAGCCCGCAGCUGGGCCGCGCCGUGCAGUUGCUGCACCAGCGUGGGGUGCGAGUGCGGGUCGUCACCGACUGCGACUACAUGGCCCUCAACGGCUCGCAAAUCGGCCUGCUGCGCAAGGCAGGGAUCCAGGUCCGGCACGAUCAAGACCUGGGCUACAUGCAUCACAAGUUUGCCAUCGUGGACAAGAGGGUGCUCAUCACUGGCUCGCUCAACUGGACCACGCAAGCCAUCCAGAACAACAGGGAGAACGUUCUCAUCAUGGAGGAUGACGAGUACGUGCGGGUUUUUCUGGAAGAAUUUGAGCGCAUCUGGGAAGAGUUUAACCCUACAAAGUAUACCUUUUUCCCACAAAAAAGGAAAAGUCACUGAAGCUGUGCCCCACCUGUCUCCAGAGCUGGAGGGAGAUUGCUUUCAUGGCACAGAACUUGCAGCACCUCCAGCCAAAACCAAACCUAACCAAGAAUGGGGCUGAGCCCUCCCUGCGGGCUGCUGUGCGUUCUGAGGGAGGGAGACCUCAGCACUAGAAAAAAAUCGUUAAACCAAAGUCUCGUCUAUUAGAAUACUAAAUUGAACUAAAGAAGGUUAGGAAAGGGAAAUUUCUGUUACUUCAGGUCAGUUAUUUCGGGCCAGACCUUUUUUUUGCUCCUUUGCCAAAAUAACUUCAGUGACAACCUGCCACGGGGUGCUUUCAGGAGUGUAGUCCGUAUCUUGGUUUGGAAUCGAAGCUUCCGCCACAGCACAGAAAAGGCACAGUGCCUCUUCCAGGUCGAUCCCAUUCCCUUCCCUGAUUCUAGAAAAGUCCCUUCUGCUUUGGCUGACGUGGGCCCUGUCAGCAUCUCCCUGAGAGUUCGUCCCUCUCUCCAUGUGGCACGACUGGGGUUGGUUGGGGCUGACAGUCUCUUUGUCCCUCACAGUCUGCCCCUGUCAGGGCUCGGUCCUCAGAGUAGGGAAAGGAAAUGGAAGUCAGGAGGAAGGGAAGAUGUGAGUGUGCGGUGCGGGUGACAAAAGCAGCCUUCGGGGCAACCCCAUGAGCGUCAUUGCCACCAAAGGCUGGCUGUUCCCUUGCUUCCUUGCAUAAUUGGUCUUUAAAACCAGUAUGCACGCCAGUGCCAAGCUCUGCAGCAGCCUGUCCUUGGGUAGUAAGUGCUGUGGUCUGUCAGGACUGAUGGCCAGCAGCUGUUUCUAUUUCCAUGUUGGGCUUUUAACUUUUUUUUUUUUUUGAGAUGGAGUCUCACUCUGUGGCCCAGGCUGGAGUGCAGUGGCGCAACCUCGGCUCACUGCGUUCUCUGCCUCCUGGGUUCAAGCGAUUCUGCUGCCUCAGCGUCCCGAGUAGCUGGGAUUACAGGUGCUUGCCACAACACCUGGCUAAUUUUUUUUUUUUUUUUUUUUUUUGGUAUUUUUAGUAGAGACAGGGUUUCACCAUGGUGGUUAGGCUGGUCUCAAACUCCUGACCUCAAGUGAUCCACCCACUUCCACCUCCCAAAGGCGGGAUUGCAGGUGUGAGCCGCCAUGCCCGGCCGGGCUUUUAACUUUUAACGUCCUAAUGUUUAAGGUAAUUUUGUUGUGUGUUUAGAAGUGACCUUACCUUUAACACCUGUGGAGUUAGUGCGUGCACAUUGCUGGCUCAGCGUAACCCAUCACGGGACUGGAGGAGAGCAGAGGUGGGAAGAGGAGAGCAGCUUCAGGCCGUGGUGUCUCCCACGUCUGUGUUCUUAUUUGCAGCUCAGGGUUUGCAUUCCCAGGUAGAACGGGUGUCAUACAUUGUGAAAUGUUCCAGGUUAUUCGUUUAUAAUGUGUAUGUCAUAUACAGGUAGCUCCAAUGACGUCUGAAGUUGUGACUUCACCAUCUUGUCAUAUUUCUGUAUGAUGAGCCCCAGGGCCCGUCCUGAGGUCUGCUAGCCAUAUGCUUAGUUUCACCUCCCCAACCCACGCUGGCAUUACCACCCAGAGACCCUUCAGUGCUGUGUGUUUUUCCUUUUUAGGGUUACUUUUGACUCACAGUGUUAGGCAAGCCAGCUUGGAAGUUAACUUUUAAGAAAAUUCAAUUGAAGCUGUAAAGUAUAAUAUACAGAUUGGAAGUCACCAGAAAUUGUUUUAGUUUGUGAAUUCCCACAGUGUAUGUUCUGAAAGGAAAAUGGGAGAGCUUGUAAAGCAUCUACUAAAUGCGAAGCUGCAUGACCCUGGACUUCUGGCACAUCUGAAUAAACAUGUUCUUAUUCUGGAA